CGGCUCCGGCGAUUUUCGACCGUGGCGGCGGCCCAACGCGUUUGAUCCCGACAAUUUUGGACUUGACAGGACCAGCAAGUCAGCCGGCACGCAGGGAGACCACUCCCACUCCGGUGGGCCGAUUUGUUGACCUUUUUAAGCGUUUUUCCUCCCAUCCGCCAUAGCGCCGCGACGCAGCCUCAAGGCUGAACGCCGGCGUUCGGCGGCGGGGAGGCCGCUCCAAGCCAACAUGGCAAGCGCAAACCAGCAACGCGGCUACGACCCGGAAGGCAUGGCAUGGACAACUGUGCCGCAGACCAGUCGGGACCAAGCCUGCAACGCUAAUGUGAUCCGGGCCUUUGAAACAAGAGCCCAGAAACUCCAAGCCUGCGCACAAGGGAAGGCCACGUCAGCUCACGGAGGCCACCAUGCGCAACCCGACAAGGCACCCGAUGAGAGCGCAGCCGGAGGCCCAAGGCAAGUCAAAGCUGCAUGGAAACCCAAGUUUCUCUGCAGAUUUAGACCAGACGAUGUGGUGCUAAUCAUCAAACCAUUAACGGCGACAAGCUUGAAGAACUUACAACACGGUGAGCUAGGCCUAGCCCUACGACAGCGAGUCGGGGAGGCCGAAGCGGACAACUUUUACUUCACAAUAUCCCCGGACCAAAACCUGAUCAUCGUGGGCACGUCGAGCAUCCACGCGGCAGACAAACUGGUCGGGGACUUUGCGAUAAAAAUCCAAGAAGGAGCAGACCUCCAUUUGCACGGGUACGUAAAACAGAGCGAAGACAACGUGAUUCACGGAGUCAUCACAGUGGCCAAUCUGGAAACCACCGAGUCCCUGCGAGGGAAGGUGAAAAGCUUUCACGGAGAAAGCACCAUCCUGGAGAUCCGAAAGUUCGGAACUUCUAACAAAGCCAGAAUCACCUUCGAAGGCAAGUACAAGCCCAGAGCUGUACUGUACAACGCGCAAGUCAUACCGGUAGCAAGGUACCGCCGCACCAUACCAGCGUGUAACUUGUGCGGCACAGUGGGGCAUAGGCCAGAUACCUGCCCGACACCGAGACAAGAAAACUGCGGACUCUGCGGAACGCUAGCCCCGUUUGUGGAGGGAGUGCGGUCCCCUCACCUGUGCAACCCAAAAUGUGCGGUGUGUGGCGGCGAACACGCCACGAACUCCAGAGACUGCACGGCGAAAUUUCGCACGAACGCGCAGCAACAACCCAGCAAUCAGGAGAAAAGGAGGAGGAAAAAGAAGAAAAAAAACAAGAAGAAGAAGAAGGGAGGAAGCGGGAAUCUCCCGCCCCCUCCACCUAGCAGGGAGUCGACUUCUGAUCAACCCAAGCAAAAGAAGACCUGGGCCAGCAUAGUCCAGAACGGGAUGCGGCAGGAGGACGAAAAUGCGAUCGAGAAACGCCAGCAGCUGAAGCGGCAACUGGAGCUGUUCCUGCUUCCCGAGCAUCCGCUUCUGUCUUCGGCGUUGCUUCGGCAGCCAGCCAUUAGUAAGGAGAACGAGCAGCGUCCCUGGAUGAUACACCCCUACGGAAAAUUCAGGGCUCGCUGGGACAUGACGAUGGUGCUUCUGGUGGUGUCCAACGUGGUGCUCAUUCCGGUGCAGGCCACCUACUUCAGCAGCGUCGAAGAUGAGAUCUUCCAGUGGAUGUUCUUCAGCCUCGUCUCAGACGCCGUCUUCGCCGCGGACAUCGCUUUCAACUUCAGAACUGGGGUGAUCGUGGAACAGGACUACGAGCGCGUGGUGAUGGACCCGGGCUACGUGGCACGCAGUUACCUGCGCGGCUUCUUCCUCAUCGACCUGGUGUCCACGCUGCCCUGGGACUACCUGCUCGCCCUCAUGCUCACCCUGUUCAGCCACGAGGCCGACGAAGGGGACGCCUCGUUCGCCAUCACCGUGCGCCUCCUGCACCUCACGAAGUUCCUCAAGCUGCUCAAGCUGCUCCGCCUCACCAGGCUCGUCCGGUACCUGGACAACGUCGAGCAGAACUAUUUUUUCUACUCGAGCGGCGUGUACCUGCGGCUAACCAACUACAUCGGGCUGCUGCUGCUCAUUGGUCACUGGAACGCGUGCCUGCAGUUCUUCGUGCCCAGAAUGCAGGGCUUCCCGCCGGACUCCUGGGUUGCCAAACAAGACCUCGUGCGCAAGCCCUGGUUCGAGCAGUACUCCUGGUCGGUGUACAACGCCAUUUCGCAAAUGGUGUCGUGUGGCUACGGGCGCACGCCGGCCGCCAACGUGGCCGACGCGUGGCUCAUGUGCCUCGGAAUGGCCUCCGGCACCGUGGGAUACGCGCUCCUGCUCGGCCUGUGCGCCUCCACCAUACAGACCAUGGACUACUCGAGGCGACUGCUCAGGGAGAAGCUGAAAGAAGUGGAAGACUACAUGCAGUGCCAGAAGUUCCCGACUAAGCUGCGCUCCCGAAUGCGUGACUACUUCGAGAACCGAUACGAAGGGCGCGUUUUCGACGAGGCCAAGAUUCUCGCAUCGCUCUCAGAACCACUUAGAGAGGAGAUUGUGAACCACAGCAUCCGCACGACGGUUCGCACGGUGCCCUUCUUCGCCCAGUCGGAGCCGACGUUCGUGGCCGAGCUGGUGUCGCGGCUUCGGCACGAGUUCUUCCAGCCGGGUGACCUGAUCGUCAAGCAGGACACGGUGGGCCACAAGAUGUACUUCCUCCAGUCCGGGAAGGUCAACAUCGUCCACGACAACGGGGAGUUCGUCGCGAGCGCGUACGCCGGCGCCUACUUUGGAGAGAUGUGCCUGCUGACCCGGGCCCGUCGGCAGGCGAACGUGGUGGCCGAGACGUACUGCAACGCGCUGUCGCUGUCGGACGAGGACUUCCAGCGGGCGCUCGACAAGCAUCCGCUCAUGCGCCGCGCGCUGGAGGCACUGUGCGCCGAACAGGGCGCCCAGUUGAACCCUGCGGCGAAGUCGCAGCCCUCGCCGAUGUAGCGCACUCGCACGCACCGCCGAUAGCUAGGCGUUGUGUGUGCGUGCGUGUGUGCUUGCCGUGGCGUUCGCAUGCGGGAACCCCGCGCCACCCGAAUGGAUCGUACGCUGUGUGGAGUUUGUGCCGCACGGUUUCCGUGAUCGUUUUGUAUAUCGUGUAUGUUGAGACCGAUAACUGUGCCCGGAUGUGUUUAUGCGUGUAGCGCUUCCACAUGCAGCGCCGCGCCGCGCCGGGACUGUCCCGCGACGAUAUCACGCGGUUGCAAUCUUGGAUCGAGUGAAAAAGAAAAAAAAAACGAGAAAGUGUUUCACUUGCUUUUUUUCCCGUUCCCCUCGGAUUCUCCUCCUUACGCGUCACCUCCCCCCCUCUCCCCCACCCCCCUUUAUUCACUACUGUGCGUGCAGCUAUACGCCUGGCGCAGGCUUCGCAGUGUUGGAUGUGUACUUUCAUCGAUAAGCUACUUUGUUUUGCGAAGACAGCGGUGAUCACGUGUUAUAGCAUUUGAAACCAGGACGUUCGUUAGGCGAUUCUGUUCAGAAGAGACGUUUUCAUUUCGCGCAAGUGAGACACGCUCGUCUUUCCUUUGUGUGCUUGUGCCUCUCUUUCUUUUCCUUCGAUUUUAUGCGUGUACAGUUGCGCCAGUUACCCGCAUUGUUCAGCGACUUGUUGAACAAUAAUGACAACGUGAACAUUCGCGUUCGUUUAGUGCUUUAGGUACGUAACAGCUCUGCCCACCGUUCGACGCUGUUGGAAUAUCCGUACCAACAAGGACAAGAUGCUCCCUCCCGCCUGUGCAUCCUGGCUACAUCGGCCGCAACAAAUGCACUCGAUGGCUAACUCCUUGCUGUCACGUGGUCGUUAAAUCACGACUUUUAUGACAGCAGGUAAAAAAAGCACAGCUUACAGGGUGAGUCGGUACCAAAACCAACCUCCGUUAUUCGCAAACGAGAAUAGUAGGGAAAAAAUUAAAGAAGCAAUUUCUUCUGAA